AUGGAAGCUGAGUUGUUUUCGGAAUCUCAUGACUUUUCAGCUUCUUGUCUUACUCAAAUAUCACCAGCACUAACUCCAUCCCUGCAGCAACCACCCUCUUGUAGUCAUAAUAAAAAGAUAAAAACUAGAAAACCCAGCACGUCUAACAAUAUCAAGGAACUUAAAGAUGAAGAUGAUAUCUUCUUUAACGACGACACACAUUUGCCUGACGUUUCGGAAAAUAGUGGUUCAGAGCAUGGCGAACCCUUGCAGGCAGAUCAACUGUUGGCUGCUCAUAGAAGGAAGCUGAUACGUGACCUGCUUGCUUCGUUUGACCUUGAAAAGGUCAUGGACAGAUACAGGGGUGACAGUGUUCGGAAAAGCCUAAGCAAGCGCAAAUACAGAAAGUGGUUGAGCAGUGCAAUGUCGGUGGAACAGGCAAACUUUAGCGACAGACAGUGGAACGAACAGUUCAGACAGCAAGUCUUUGAGGAAUUUGAGAGGAAACAAGAUGAAAGGGAAAGAAAACUCGCUGACGCUGAAUCUCAGAGAAUACUCAAACUCAAGCUGCAGGGUAUUUUACGAGAUGAGGAGGCCGAGGCCAGGAGGGAGGAGAUGGCUAUGAGGAAGACGGCAGCAGAAAGGAAGUUUGAGCACCGAAGCACCAAAAAACAUCACUCAUUGUUCAAACCCAAUGAUAUUGAAACACAGAUGGAAAUUCUGAACCGAAAUGAAAGGGAAAGCAGACGUAAAAUCACCGGAAACGAAGAUGAUGACAGCCUUGAUGGUAACCCAGAUGCCUCUUCCGGUGACGUAGACAUUAGCGGACUUCCGACUUAUAAAAGCCAACUUGGCCGCAUGAAAUCAGACACAGAGGAAGUGCAUCCCCAACUUCGAGAUCUUUAUGAAGAAGAGGAUCUCAGUCGACUGUACAGCGAGGCAGAGAAUUUGGUGAGACGACCAAGAGUUAAAUAA